AUGGAGUUCCUGGCGUCCAUCAUCGACACAGUGUUCCCGCCGCUCAAGGACUACGUCGCGCGGACCGUCAGCUACACCAUGUCCUGCGGCGACUACAUCGACAUGUUGCGCAUGGUCGCCGCCGCCCUCAAGGAGAAGGCCGACUUCCAUAAGGUCACCGACGAGCUCGUGCAGCUGCGCUUCGAGGAGGCGGAGGUCUAG